AUGUCAUCCUACGACGACGCGGACGAAGAGCGAGAGCGGCUGGCAGCGCUGUGGAAGCCGCAGCACGCGGGAGUGGCAGCUGGAGGACUGAAGGCGCAUCGACACAUCUACAUCGACUGGCCGAAGGCGUCGAUCAAAAAGACGCUCGCCAUUGGCGCCUCUGCGCCCGACGCAUCGCCUCCGAUAUACGACCGACCGCGCGUGCAGGACGAAGAGGAGAAUGCGGCUUCGUGUGUGCUCGUCACCAAGUCCAGUCCCAUCCAAGCCACCGUGCACAUUGUCAAAGAGCCCAAAGCACAGUCGGCGACGACAGAUUCCAGCAAAACGAAGCAGAAGCCCAUCCUCGUCAGCGCGAAGACCGGCUCCGUUGGAUCGAUCUCGCUCACCAUCCCCACAUACCACGGCGCGCGCCCGCUCAACAUCCGCGCCAAAUCGUACAGUGGCAACAUCACCAUCUACCUCCCCACCUCAUUCUCCGGCCUUCUCACCUGGACUUCCGAGACAGGCACGCUCAAAGUCUCCAAAACCAUGCAACACCGCUUCAAGUCGCUCGACAACCCUCCGCACAAACACCGAGGCACCGCCAAAAUCGCUCCCAGCACUGCGUCCGGCUUGAGAGGCGACGUGUGCACCAUCUCCAAUCACCACGGCAGCAUCACUAUCAGGGAGUACGAUGAUGGCUCAUCCGCGAUUGCGAGUGGCGAAAGAGGCGACAUCGACAAGUCUUGUGUGGUUCAGUAG